AAAAAUUAAAAAUAUCAAGGAGAUACGUCUGUGGUACAUAAACGACAUGUUAUCAUGUGAUUUAGUAAAUCACAGAUUAGAAUUUGAACGCUUUCGAAUGACAUCUUAUCAAGGAGACAGUUUUCUCCCAAAUAUUUUUAUUAUUCUCCUAUAUACAAGCAUAAGAGAGAAUGUCGCUCUUAUUUUGUUAUAUCCCUGCUUCUUCCAUGUGGCAACAAGGAUAGUUUUGAUUUCAUUCAAUAUUUUUUUUCUAUCAAUAAAACAGAAACUUGUUUAUAGUGAUAAAUCAUUGACUUUUUCUCUUUUGAGAAGAGAAAGCACAAAGAAAACAAAACAGAAAAAAGAAUAGGGUAGAGGAGACAGAAUCAAAAAAGAGAAAGAGAAAGAGAGAAAGAGAAUUUAAUGCAUUAUUGUCAGAUAACACAUACAUGAUGAGGGGACAGGUACAGAAGGAGAAAUAUCAAAUGCAACAUGACAUUUAUUUUAUCAGGAGUGUGAACUUACUUGUUGAAUCACCAUGAAAUCAUUUUGAUCUUGCUUAAUUCUCUUAAUCUAUUUGUUUAAGCCUCG